AUGGGUCUAAUACGCACCUCUCUAGCCUCGACAAGUCGGACUUGUCCACCCUCGCUUCUCACCUCAUCCGCCCGCUCGAAACGAUUCAUAAGCAGAUCAGCGCCGAGUCGAUACCAGCACGUGCUGUACCUUGGCGAUGUGUUAGGCUACACCUCUGCCAGCCGGCUGAGCAAGUUUCCACGGGCAUGGUUGGACGCUGCCGGCGUGGCGGCGGAUGUGGAUCAUGGGCUGCGGUGGGUGGCCGCCAGCGGUGGGGUGAAUCAUGUGCUGCUUGGGUACGAGGUGCUUGUCUCGCCGCUGGAGGGGGUGAGGCGGGGGAGGGAUAGUGGGGAGGAGAUUGUUGUGCACGGUGCCCGACCGGAGGAGGGGGAGGGAGGGUUGAGGAACGGUAAGGGUAAGGAUGAGGAAAGAGAGGGGGAGAUCCUGGAGGAGUCCGGGGGAAAGACGUCCACCAGUCGACAUCCAAGCAAAGUCUUUGCUCUGGGUCGCAACACGCACGCCCAGCUAGGGUUGGGAUUCAGCAGUCAAGAGGCGACCCGCGGCAUGGUCACCGGUACGCUCGACGGCGUCGGGGGCGUCACCCACGUUGCUGCCGGAUCCGGCUUCUCUUUCGUCACCACGGCCACUGGCUCUGGAUCGAAUACCUUUGGGUUUGGUAACGAUACAUUGGGUCAACUCGGCUGCUCCCCCCGCGAGCCGGCGACACGGAACGAGUUCGAUCCGUGGGAUGUGUCGACCAGACUCCCGGAUUCGGAGGCGGCCCAGUUGCGAUUGCUCCCCCUGCCCAAGCAGAUCGACUUGGACGGCGAAUGGGAGGUCAAGAGCAUCGCUGCGGGGCUGGAUCAUAGUUUGUUGCUGCUGGAGCGGGAAGUGAGCGGGUUCGUGGUGCAAGAGGUGCGCUCGACGGGGUUGAACACGGAUGGUCAGUUGGGGGUGACACCGCGCGAAAAGGCAGAGGCAGUGCCAAUUGAGCCGUUGUUAUCGCGCAGCUUCAAGGCUGUUCCGCUACCAUUGCAGCCGACAGCAGGAAAGAGAGCGGAAUCGACAGCAGCAGGUGGAGCGAGUGGCAGUGCAAAAGCCGCCGCAGGGAAGGCGAAACAACGAGGAGCAGAGGCAGCCAGCACAGAGGCCAUACAAACACCCGCAUCCUCACCGACCGGCGCAGAACGGAUCCUCAAAGUGGUCUGCGGCGCAGACACGUCCUACGCCUUGACUCCCACCGGCAUCUGGGCGUGGGGCAACAGCGAGUACGGCCAAACGUUUGCCGGUGUGCACGAUCGGAUCGCCGCCCCUGUCUUCGUGCCGAACCCUCUACCCGCCGCGUACGCCUCCCAUUCCCUGCCAUCGGACGGGGCUUUGGGGGUGCGGAAGCUGGUAGCCGGGGGAUCUUUCGCGGCGCUGCUGGACAGCGAGGGGAGGGUGUGGGUGGUCGGUUAUGGUCCGCGUGGCGUCACUAAUGUCGACGAUCCCGACGAAUGGGCGCGAUUGACGCUCAUCGACCUGCCCAAGGUUCAGGCGCUCUUCGCCGGGCUGGAGUAUCUAGUGGCUGUAACAGAAGACGGCGAGGUGUUCCUCUGGGGUAUACCCCCGCGAUCCGUCUCGACACAACCGAUGGUGGCGCCAACAAGGAUAGGGUGGACGUUGCCCAAAACGCCGCGGCAGGCAUGGUUGGAUGAGAAUCCGAGGCUGAAGGCUAAGGUAUCAGAAGAGGAAAGUGGGAAAGUCAGUGUAAUCGGUGCGGCGUGUACGAGGGACCAUCUGCUGCUCAUUCUCGACGAUGGUGUGGGCAAGAAUGUGUGGGCGGAGUGCGAUCAGCCACCGCGCGAGAAGGGCACAGAUGUCACGAUGGGAUGA